AAAACUCACUCGUAGUCUAUUCCUGAGGCUAUUCGUUGUUUUUUAAGAGCUACAUUGUGAAUGUAGCGUCCAAACCGCCAUUUUUAAUGUAGCCGCGAUCCACUGAUGCAGCCUUGUGCGGAGCACUCGUUGCUAACCGAGCUAGCUAGAUGACCAUUGCACUCCUGUCACAGCUGCAAGAAUACUUUUUAUGACACUGAAGCAAACUACAAAACAUGCCAGUAAAAAGAGUGGAGGAGCUAUUGAACCAAAGCAGUUUCUGAUGAAGUGACUGAAGCAUGUCGCUAAGUAGAUGUUGCCAAAUCAUUUUCUGAGCUUCGAAUAGAUUUCAGGAACCAUGAAGGUGGACCGAAGCAAAUUAAAGAAAACCCCUACUGAAGCUCCUGCUGACUGUAGGAUACUAAUAGAGAAGUUGAAGGCAUGCAGUGAUGAGCAACUGCUUGUUGAACUACAGCACAUAAAGACCUGGAAUAUUGGCAAGUGUGAGUUGUACCACUGGGUGGAUCUACUAGACCGCUUUGAUGGCAUCCUGUGUGAUGCAGGCCAGACAGUGGAGACCAUGUCAUGGCUGUUGGUGUGUGACCGGCCAGACAACGGACAACUCAAAGCCCUGCUUUUGGCAGUGCUCAACUUCACAGCUUUGCUCAUUGAGUACAGCUUCUCUAGGCACCUUUACAGCUCCAUAGAGCACUUAACAACCUUGUUGGCAUCAUGUGACAUGCAAGUGGUCCUCUCUGUGCUGAACCUGCUUUAUGUGUUCAGUAAGCGUUCCAACUACAUCACAAGAUUAGGAUCUGACAAAAGAACACCUCUGCUUGCCCGUCUGCAACAUCUGGCUGAGAGCUGGGGUGGAAAAGAAAAUGGCUUUGGCCUAGCUGAGUGCUGUAGAGAUCUCCUUAUGACGAAGUACCCUCCCAGUGCCACCACGCUGCACUUUGAGUUUUAUGCUGAACCCGGUCCUGAGGUCAAAAUAGAGAGGAAGACGAGCAGUAACACAUUACACUAUAUUCAUAUUGAACAACUUGACAAGAUUUCAGACCGUCCAUCUGAGAUCAUGGAGUCGCUCACAGUGAUGUACAACAUCCCGAAAGACAAGCAGACCCUGCUUUUCACACACAUUCGAUUGGCUCAUGGCUUUUCAAAUCAUAAAAAGAGGCUGCAGGCCGUGCAGGCCAGACUCCAUGCCAUUUCUAUACUGGUGUAUUCAAAUGCACUUCAAGAGUCCACAAACAGUAUUCUCUAUAAUGGCUUAAUAGAAGAAUUGGUGGAUGUAUUACAGAUUACAGACAAACAACUAGUGGAUAUCAAGGCUGCAUCUCUGCGCACUUUAACUUCCAUUGUUCACUUGGAGAGGACACCCAAGCUUUCCAACAUCAUUGACUGCACUGGCACUGCUUCCUACCAUGGCUUCUUGCCUGUGUUGGUUCGCAACUGUAUACAAGCAAUGAUUGAUCCUUUGAUGGAACCUUACCCACACCAGUUUGCCACUGCACUCUUUUCCUUUCUGUAUCAUUUGGCCAGCUAUGAUGCUGGGGGUGAAGCCCUUGUCUCCUGUGGAAUGAUGGAAGCCCUCUUAAAGGUGAUUAAAUUUCUAGGUGACGAGCAGGACCAGAUCACUUUUGUUACAAGAGCUGUUCGGGUUGUGGAUCUCAUCACCAAUCUAGACAUGGCUGCCUUCCAGUCCCACAGCGGCCUUUCCAUUUUCAUCUGCAGGCUAGAGCAUGAGGUGGACCUGUCGAGGAAAGAGUGCCCAUUUGUCAUCAAGCCAAAGAUUCAGAGGCCAAGUGCUGCUGUGGAGUCUGAGGACAUGGACACAGACAUGGAGACAUCUGAAGUUGCCAUGGAAAGCAGCCCUGGACCAUCAACAUCUGGUUCCAGAUCAGAGGUGGACCAGCGAGCACAGAGCAGCACUCCAAACACGCCUCGUGCAGGCAUGCAGUGUAUUCCUCAAAGGGCAGCUCUCUUAAAAUCAAUGCUCAAUUUCUUGAAGAAAGCCAUUCAAGACCCUGCCUUUUCUGAUGGUAUUCGCCAUGUAAUGGAUGGAUCUUUGCCUACCUCACUCAAGCACAUCAUCAGUAAUGCAGAAUAUUACGGACCCUCACUGUUUCUUCUGGCAACAGAGGUUGUGACAGUGUUUGUGUUCCAGGAGCCAUCUCUGCUUUCCUCCCUGCAGGAUAAUGGUCUCACUGAUGUUAUGCUCCAUGCCCUUCUCAUCAAAGAUGUUCCCGCCACACGUGAGGUCUUGGGGUCUCUUCCUAAUGUGUUCAGUGCCCUCUGCUUGAAUGCCAGAGGCCUCCACUCUUUUGUUCAGUGUCAGCCCUUCGAGCGCCUUUUCAAAGUGCUCUUGUCUCCUGACUAUUUACCUGCCAUGCGACGUCGACGCAGCUCUGACCCACUGGGUGACACUGCAUCCAAUUUGGGAAGUGCGGUGGAUGAGCUAAUGAGACACCAACCAACCUUGAAGACCGAUGCUACCACUGCUAUCAUUAAGUUACUAGAGGAGAUCUGCAAUUUGGGUCGAGCCCCUGAGUACGUCUGCCAGAAACCAUCUAUUCAGAAAGCUGAUGGUACAGUGGCUGUACCACCAGCACGCUCCAGCCAUGCUGCUGAAGAAGCUUCAAGUGAGGAUGAAGAGGAAGAGGAGGCCCUCCACACGUUUACCCAGCAGCAGGGGGAACCAGAGAGCAACAGACAGUCAGUGCCACUUGAACUGGUGGUGGGCACUGAAGAGCGAAUACCAAUUCCUCUUAUGGAUUAUAUUUUGAAUGUGAUGAAGUUUGUGGAAUCCAUACUCAGUAACAAUACCACAGAUGAUCACUGCCAGGAGUUUGUGAACCAGAAGGGCUUGCUACCUCUGGUCUCUAUCCUGGGCCUGCCCAACCUGCCCAUAGACUUCCCCACUUCAGCUGCUUGCCAGGCUGUUGCUGGUGUAUGCAAGUCCAUUUUGACUCUCUCACAUGAGCCUAAAGUACUUCAGGAGGGACUGUGCCAACUAGACACUAUUCUAACAUCUCUUGAGGCUCUACAUCGGCCAAUUGAGGUGCCUGGUGGAUCUGUUCUUCUGAGAGAACUGGCUAAUGCUGGACAUGUUACGGAUGCCACGUUGUCGGCUCGUGCCACGCCACUGCUACAUGCACUCACUGCAGCACAUGCCUACAUCCUAAUGUUUGUCCACACCUGCCGAGUAGGACAGAGUGAAAUCAGAGCAAUCUCAGUUAACCAGUGGGGCUCCCAGUUGGGCUUGAGUGUUCUCAACAAGCUGAGUCAACUAUACUGUUCUCUUGUAUGGGAGAGUACUGUUUUGCUCUCCCUUUGCACGCCUAACAGUCUACCUCCAGGCUGUGAGUUUGGGCAAGCCGACAUGCAGAAACUGUUACCCAAAGAGGAGAAACCAUCUAGUAGUGCUGCAACUGCGACGGCCUCUGGCUCAAGGAGAACUGUAGAUCCAGAAGCGGUGCCUGUCGAGUCUUCUGCCGGUGGACUAUUAGAAGGCAUGGGUUUAGACGGGGAUAGCUUGGCUCCCAUGGAGACAGAUGAACCUACUUCAACAGACCCCAAGGCCAAAUCCAAGCUCACCCCAGCAAUGGCCACACGCAUUAAACAGAUUAAACCCCUCCUUUCUGCGUCAUCUCGACUAGGAAGGGCUCUUGCUGAGCUAUUUGGCCUGCUGGUCAAGUUGUGUGUCGGUUCCCCAGUGCGUCAACGCCGCUCCCACCACGCCACAAGCACAGGCACUACGCCCACACCUGCUGCUCGAGCCACUGCUUCUGCCCUCACCAAGCUCCUCACCAAGGGUCUGAGUUGGCUGCCCCCUCCUUACACACCUACCCCACGUUUCAGGCUCACCUUCUUCAUCUGCUCUGUGGGUUUCACAUCGCCUAUGUUGUUUGAUGAGAGGAAGUACCCUUACCACCUCAUGCUGCAAAAAUUCUUCUGCUCUGGUGGGCAUGAUGCCUUAUUUGAGACUUUCAACUGGGCCCUGUCAAUGGGUGGAAAGGUUCCUGUAUCUGAGGGUCUGGAGCAUACUGAGCUGCCAGAUGGGACAGGGGAGUUUCUGGAUGCUUGGUUGAUGCUGGUAGAGAAGAUGGUGAAUCCAAGCACCGUGCUGGACUCGCCUCACUCUCUGCCAGCUAAAAUGCCUGGUGUGACUCCAACCGUGCCCCAGUUCAGUGCUCUUCGGUUCCUCAUAGUUACUCAGAAAGCUGCAUUCAGUUGUAUCCGCAGCCUAUGGAACAGGAAGCCACUGAAGGUUUAUGGAGGCAGGAUGGCUGAAUCCAUGCUGGCCAUCCUUUGCCACAUCCUGCGGGGGGAGCCCGUCAUCCAGGAGCGUCUGGCCAAGGAGAAAGAGGGCACAGUGCGUCCAGACGAUGAAGGGGCUCCUUCUGGUUCUCUUGCACCAAGUGCAGUCACUGGAGUGUCUACAACCAGCGGAGAGACACCAGCAGCUACUGGAACAACUUCUGGAGGGCCGACUGCGGGAUCAGCAGAAGAAUCGACUAAUUCCACUCCACGACGUGAACCGCAGGUUAACCAGACUCAGCUUACUCAGCUGAUGGAUAUGGGUUUCUCAAGAGAGCAUGCCAUGGAGGCCCUAUUGAACACCAGUACCAUGGAGCAGGCCACAGAAUAUCUUCUUACACACCCUCCUCCUCUCCUUGGGGGAGCAGUAAGGGAUCUUUCUAUGUCAGAAGAGGACCAGAUGAUGAGGGCUAUUGCUAUGUCACUUGGGCAGGAGGUCAGAAUGGAGCAACGUUCCGACUCCCCUGAGGAAGCAGCUCGUCGGCGUGAGGAAGAGGACCGGAGAGCGAGGGAACGAGCAGAGGAGGAGGAGGCCCGCUGCUUGGAGCGCUUCAUGGAGGCUGAACCCCUGGACCCCCAAGAACUGCAUACCUUCACAGACUCCAUGCUUCCUGGCUGCUUUCACCUUCUGGAUGAGCUGCCUGACACAGUGUACCGGCUCUGUGACCUGCUAAUGACUGCAAUCAAAAGGAGUGGUCCUGAGUACAGAGAUCUAAUUCUUGGACAGGUUGUCCACCAGGUGUGGGAAGCAGCAGACGUGUUGAUUAAGGCAGCUGUGCCGCUGACCACCAGCGAUACAAAGACGGUGUCUGAAUGGACAAAACAGAUGGCCACACUGCCCCAAGCCUCCAAGCUGGCAACUCGAAUUCUGCUGCUCACGUUGCUGUUUGAGGAACUGAAGCUGGUAUCUGCCAGAGUAGUGGAGAACAGUGGCAUUCUGGAUUUGCUGAUUAAGCUGCUUGAGGUAGUGCAGCCCUGUCUGCAAGCAGCUAAAGAACAGAAAGACAUUCAGACACCAAAGUGGAUUACACCAGUGUUGUUGAUUAUUGACUUUUAUGAGAAAAUGGCUGUGUCUUCAAAGCGUCGAGCACAGAUGAACAAGUAUCUUCAACCUAAUGGGAAUAACUGGAGAUGGUUUGAUGACCGCUCAGGCCGUUGGUGCAGUUACAGCGCGUCCAACAACAGUACUAUCGAUUCUGCGUGGAGGGCUGGAGAGAGCAGUGUGCGUUUCACAGCUGGACGCAGAAGAUACACAGUUCAGUUUAACACUAUGGUGCAGGUAAAUGAAGAGACUGGCAACAGGAGACCAGUGAUGUUGACCGUUCAAAGAGUACCACGCUUGCCCAAACCAGCCAAGACCGGCAGUGUUACGGACCCAGAGAGAGAGGAGGGAGACAAAUGUAAAGCAGAAGAAACGCCGACGAAUAUAGACUCUGGGGCAGCAGUGGAAAUGAGUACUCCCAAGGAUGCUCCCAGCCAGCAAAAGGAGAUGACCUCUGGCCCCACAUCUUCCCAGGAGUCUGACACAUCGCAAAGCUCAGAUAUUGUUGUAAAUGGUCUGACUGAGGACAUGACCACUGUUCUCAUCCGCACUUGUGUCAGCAUGAUCAGUGUCCCUGUCGACCCAGACACUCUACAUGCUACAUUACGUCUCUGUUUGAGACUGACACGAAAUCACCAAUAUGCCAUGAUGUUCGCUGAUCUGAAGAGCACUCGAAUGAUUCUUGGGCUUACACAGACGUCUGGAUUCAAUGGCUUCACACCUCUUGUGACUCUGCUCUUCAGACACAUCAUAGAAGAUCCAGCUACUCUUCGGCACACUAUGGAAAAGGUUGUUAGAUCUGCUGUGACCAGUGGAGCAGGUAGCACCACAUCAGGUGUGGUGUCAGGCAGCCUUGGCUCAAGGGAAAUCAACUAUAUCCUGCGGGUCCUGGGCCCUGCUGCCUGCCGUAACCCUGAAUGCUUUGCUGAAACUGCCAGCAAUUGUGUCCGCAUUGCUCUGCCGGCACCCCGUGGAGCUGGCACAGCCUCUGAUGACGAAUUUGAGAAUCUUCGAAUUAAGGGGCCCAAUGCUGUGCAGCUGGUGAAAACAACUCCUCUCAAAUUGUCUCCUUUACCGUCUAUUCCUGAAACUAUCAAGGAGGUCAUAUACGACAUGCUCAAUGCCUUGGCUGCCUACCAUGCGCCAGAAGAAUCUGAGCGCCCAGAAGAACGUGUGACAGCGGUGCCUGGCGGCCAAGACAUGUGCCAGAUGUUACAGGAUGUUGGCGAUGAUGUUUACCAACAAUACCGUCUCACUCGUCAGGGCAGUGACUUUGACUCCCAAUCUGCGUUCCAUAUUAAUGCUCAAGUUUUUGCUGCUGAUGGAGCUGUGGCAGAGUCGUCCCAGUCGGGCACACCACAAGGAGAAGCUUCUACACCUGAAGAGAUGCGAGAGGAAAAGAAAGAGCAGGAGGGUGAUAAGAGUAGCAGCUCAGAGGAGGCUAAAGCCGCAAAGGUAAAGGCACGCAAACCUUUAAUGCCAACCUCCACCAUCCUGAGACUGCUGGCUGAACUGGUGCGCUCGUAUGUUGGCAUUGCCACUUUAAUUGCCUCUUACUGCUACACUGCAGGACAGUCUGAGCUUAUUAAGGAGGAUUGCAGUGUUCUAGCCUUUGUGCUCGACCAUUUGCUGCCUCACACCCAGAAUGCAGAGGACAAAGACACCCCAGCCUUGGCCCGCCUUUUCCUUGCCAGCCUAGCAGCUGCAGGCACGGGCACCGAUGCCCAGGUUGCUCUGGUUAAUGAGGUGAAGGCUGCCCUCAGUCGGGCUUUAGGAAUGACGGAAGGGGCUGAAAAACAUGCCCGGCUUCAAGCAGUGAUGUGCAUCAUCAGCACUAUAAUGGAGUCAUGUCCCUCCACGUCCAGUUUCUAUAGCACAGCAGCAGCCAAGACACAACACAAUGGCAUGAAUAAUAUCAUAAGGCUUUUUCUCAAGAAAGGACUGGUCAAUGACUUGGCCCGUGUGCCUCACAGCUUGGAUUUGUCUAGCCCCAACAUGGCCAACACAGUGAAUGCUGCCCUCAAGCCUCUAGAAACUCUGUCGCGUAUUGUUAACCAGCCCAGCAGUUUGUUUGGGGGUAAAGGAGGAUCCAGCAAGAGCAAGACUGAACAUGACUCAGUGGGCACAGCAAGGGAUAGCAACAGCAACGCUCAGGAUCAAGGAGAAUCUGGUGAGGCUGAGCCAGUGGAGGGGAGCCACAGGGUGCAGGGAGCUGACAGUGAUUUGAUGGAUGGAGAAACAGAGGGUGAUACAGUUGUCAUUGCUGGCCAACCAGAGGUUCUCAGCACACAGGCAAUGCAGGUGGAAAACGAGUUGGUGGAUCUGAUUGAUGAGCUACUUGAGAGAGACGUUGGUACGGUCAACAGUACAAUUAUAGUGGGACGAAGUGGUGAGGAUGAGUCACAAGAGGAUGUAUUGAUGGAUGAGGCCCCCUCCAAUAUCAGUCAGGCAUCCACUCUUCAGGCUAAUAGAGAAGACUCUAUGAAUAUCCUAGAACCAGAAGAUGAGGAGCACACACAAGAAGAAGAUUCUAGUGGCAGCAAUGAUGAUGAAGACAGCCAGGAUGAAGAGGAGGAAGAGGAAGAAGAGGAGGAGGAGGACCAGGAUGAUGAGGAAGGCGAUGAGGAUGACGAUGAUGAAGGUUCUGAGAUGGAGUUGGAUGAGGAUUUCCCUGACAUCAAUGCUUCCCCUCACAUCCGCUUCGAAAGGUUUGACCGGGAUGAUGACCUCAUCAUCGAGUUUGACAACAUGUUUUCCAACAAUGCUGACAUCCCUCCUUCCCCUGGCAACAUCCCUAGCUCCCACCCACUGAUGGUGCGUCAUGCUGACCACGGUUCCCUCACUCUGGGUGUAGCAGGCACAAGCAGCCGGCUGGCACAAGGCAUGGGUCGCAGCCAGCGGACGCUUCGCCAGCUCACUGCCAACAGUGGGCACACUAUCCAUGUCCACUACCCUGGAAACCGCCAGCCUAACCCUCCACUCAUCCUUCAAAGGUUGUUGGGCCCCAGUGCUGCAGCUGACAUUUUGCAACUUUCCAGCUCGCUGCCUCUGCAAUCUCGUGGUCGAGCUCGCCUUUUGGUUGGAAAUGAGGACGUUCAUAUUAUUGCUCGUUCCGAUGACGAAUUACUCGAUGACUUUUUCCAUGAACAGAGCAGCACAGGAGGUCAAGCAGGCACUCUAUCUAGCAUUCCCACCGCUUUAACUAGAUGGACAGAUGAGUGUAAAGUGCUGGAUGCUGAAAGUAUGCACGACUGUGUAGCAGUUGUGAAGGUGCCAAUACUUCAGCAUCUAGAGGGUCUGCGAGAUGAGGAGUUAGAGGAACGUAGAGAAAAGCGAAGACGGCAGCUGGCUGAAGAGGAAGAAUCCAAACAAAAUGAACGGAAAGCCUCUGGAGCAGAGCAGGCAAGGGAACAGAGCCUGCAGGGUUCUGGAUUAGGGACAAUUAAUGGCGCAGAAAACACUGCAGAAGGUGUACAGGCUCAAGGAGGUGCAGUAUCCUGUCUGGAACUCACUGCUUCCCCUUCUGGAGAGGUCACUCCAACUACCCCAGCUCCACACGAACAAGCCCUAGUUUCGUUGGAAACGGCAAUAAACCAGCAGGUCCACCAACCAAUGGCAGACCUGCUUUUGGCAGAGUCACAUGUCAGCUCGUUGGCGGCUCUGGCAGGAACGCACCUUCCGCCCUUGUCUACAGCUGACAGGCCUAACAGUGAAGCAGAAGCAUCUCAGAUGGAAAUGUCCCCAGCACCCACAAUCGGUGAGAGAGGCAGUGGAGAAAGUUGUGGUGGUGGAGGAGGAGAAGCGUUGGAUGAAGGCAGGGAAGCCUCCUUAAGCCCAGAUAUUGCAGAGACCUCAGAGCCUGCAGUGGUGGGUGUGUCACAACUAGAGGGGUCACCUAUGGACACCAGCAGCCCUGCCUCUACCACACAAGAAGAAGCUUCUUCCAACUCUGUCCAGCCUACCCAUGUGUCUCAAGAUCUGUCUGUUAGUGGGGAAAGUGGGCUGACUGAAAGGCAGACAGGCACAGAGACUGGCUCCUUUUCAGUGUCGUCUGCUGGUGAAGUAAUUACCAGGAGUGACAGUGCUGACAGCCAAUCACAGGCUAUCCAAGAAGAGCCUCUUCCAUCCACAAGCAAUGAGGACGAGGACCCACUUGCAGGAAUAAGUCUUCCAGAAGGUGUGGAUCCAUCUUUCUUGGCAGCUCUUCCUGAGGACAUUCGAAGAGAAGUGCUUCAAAAUCAGUUGGGUAUAAGACCACCUUCCCGCAUAGCAGCUGCCCCAAGCCUGCCAUCUUCUACAGCACCGGUACUUGGAGGGCCAGGAGUUACAGAGGUCAGCCCUGAGUUUCUGGCUGCUUUGCCACCUGCCAUCCAAGAGGAGGUCCUUGCCCAGCAACGAGCAGAGCAACAGCGCAGGGAGGUUUCCCAACAACCUCCACAGGGAGAUACUCCUCUAGACCCUGUUACCUUCAUCCAAACCCUGCCCUCAGAGCUCCGACGUAGUGUAUUGGAAGACAUGGAGGACAGCGUGUUGGCUGUCAUGCCUCCGGACAUCGCAGCUGAAGCAGCAGCAUUGCGUAGAGAGCAGGAGGCCCGGCAAAGACAACUUAUGCAUGAGAGGCUGUUCGGUCAUAGCUCAACAUCAGCUCUAUCAGCCAUUCUGCGUUCACCAGCCUUCACCAGUCGGCUAGGGAGCAAUCGUGGCGUCCAGUACACCAGAUUAGCAGUACAGAGUAGAGGCCCAUUUCAGAUGGGGGGUGGAUCUAACCAUAGACCAUCCAAUUCCAGUGUGGAUUCUCUGUUGCGUCUGCGUGGCCGAUUGCUACUGGACCACGAGGCCUUGUCCUGCCUGCUGGUGUUGCUUUUUGUGGAUGAACCGAAGCUUAACACCAGCCGUCUACACCGUGUGCUCAGGAAUCUUUGCUACCACUCUCAGACACGUGGGUGGGUUAUUCGCAGCCUGUUAUCCAUUCUCCAACGCAGCAGUGAGAGUGAGGUGUGUGUGGAGACCUCCCGUCUCGAAGACUCUCGUGGGAAAAGGAGCUCCCAGGGAGGCUGUGGGGGAAAAGGAUCAGCUACCUCUUCAUCCUCCUCUUCCUCCUCCUCUUCUUCCCUGGAGCUUCUAAACAGGGUAGAGUCUCGCAGUUCUAGCCAACUUUCUUGGCUCUCUGUGUCUAUGGAUGCUGCUUUGGGCUGCCGGACUAACAUCUUCCAGAUCCAACGUGUAUCUGGUAGAAAACAUGCUGACCGUCACUCAGCUGGGGGUUCAGCAGCAUCUGCACCCCUGGGAGGAGUGACAGGAGCUACUGCAGCGGUCACGUGUGCUGGAGGUGGGGGCUCCACUGUACACAUCCACCCACAAGCUGCCCCAGUGGUCUGUCGGCAUGUGUUAGACACACUCAUCCAACUUGCUAAGGUGUUCCCCAGCCAUUUCACUCAGCAGCGUUGUAAGGAUCUGUCUCUGUCAUCCUCUGACCUGGAGUCUCGUCUUUGUCCGAGCUCCUCGGGUGUGGGAGGUAUAGGUGGAGGAUCAAGGUCAAGUUCCCAGUCUCUAAACAACCCAAACUCCAAUGCUUCCAGCACACAGAACUCUUUCGGGUCCUCUGCUGCUACUCCCCAGUCACUGGGAAUCUCCACUGAUUUUUGGGACCUGCUUGUAAAGCUGGACAACAUGAAUGUCAGUCGCAAGGGAAAAGCAUCAAUGAAAACUGUGCUUCUUGGGGGCAGUGCAGAGGCUGAUGGAUUACAGUUAAGCCUUGAGAGUUCCCCCCUUGGUCAGUUGAUGAACAUGCUGUCCCACCCUGUAAUUAGGCGAAGCUCCCUGCUCACUGAAAAGCUGCUGCGUCUGCUCUCCCUCAUAUCCAUUGCCCUGCCUGACAACAAGGCCACAGAGGUGCCUGCUGGCCACCCGACUCCACAGACAGCCAACCCAAGCCCAGCAACCAGCUCAGGAUCUACAGCCCCUGUUACCACGCAGGGAACAGCAUCAAGCGUCCAAUCUACUGCGGUGGGAACAGUGGCCUCUGGGGGAAUUCCAACCCAGAGCACCACCUCAGGGUCAAGUCUGUUAGUUUUCUCAUCUUCCACAGCCAUCUCUAUACCAACAUCCACUGGAACAGUCUCCACAGCAAAAAUGAAGAGCACUCCAAGUUGCACAGAGAGUGACAAGAUGAUUUCCACUGGACUUACAGAGAAACAGCUUCAACUUUCAGUGGAGGUGUUGACUUCCCACUCAUGUUCAGAGGAAGGACUGGAGGAUGCAGCUAAUAUUUUGCUUCAGUUAUCUAGAGGGGACUGUUCAACCAGAGACACUGUGCUGAGACUGUUGCUCAGUGGAGCAAGACACCUUGGUUAUACUCUUUGCAAACAGAUCGGUACGUUACUGGCUGAACUUCGAGAGUACAACUUGGAGCAACAGAGACGAGCACAUGCAGAUUCUCAUUCCCCUGAUGCACCUCCUGAGGACUCUUCCAUCUCUGCCAGACUGAAGGGCAAAAUGACCAGCAGGCGGCACAGGUUCGAUGGAGCAGAGAGUGUAGUGAUUGUGGCUGCACAAAAGCGAACACUUGGCGGACGAGAACUACAGCUCCCUUGUAUGAGUUCACUUACUUCUAAGACGUCGACCCAGAAAUUUUUCCUCCGAGUGUUGCAGGUUAUUAUUCAGCUACGUGAGGACACACGCCGUGCCAACAAGAAAGCCAAACAGACAGGACGAUUAGGCUCGUCCAGUCUGGGCUCAGCCAGCAGCAUUCAGGCUGCUGUCCGUCAACUUGAGGCAGAGGCUGAUGCCAUUAUCCAGAUGGUGAGAGAGGGUCAGCGGGCACGCCGCCUUAUACAAGCACCACUACCCACUGCUGCCGCCGUCACCGCCGGAUCUUCAGUGGAGGCCUCUCAUGCCCCCACUGGUGCUGCUCCCCCUGCUGGCACAGCUGCUGCUGCCACGGCUGAAAUGCAGUCUGUGUCAGAGGCCCAGGCAGCCCAGAGAGAUGACUCACCAAUGGAUGUGGACCAGCCAUCCCCUGUAGAGCAAGAAUCUGCACCUUUGGAUGAAGAAGGAAAUGGCCAGUCAGAGAGUGAGGAGAAACUCCCAGACCUUCCUCUCCUCAGCGAGCAGCUGUUGUUGGAUGAGCUAUGGGACAUGCUUGGGGAAUGCCUGAAAGAGCUGGAAGAGUCCCAUGACCAGCAUGCCGUGCUGGUUCUCCAGCCAGCUGUGGAGGCUUUCUUCCUUGUGCACGCCACUGAACGGGAGAGCAAACCCCCUGUUCGGGACACACGGGAAAGCCAGCUGUCUCACAUCAAAGAUGAGCCUCCACCCCUGUCUCCAGCACCUCUUACACCAGCAACACCUUCAUCUCUAGACCCUUUCUUCUCUCGUGAACCGUCCUCCAUGCACAUCUCUUCAAACUUACCACCAGACACCCAGAAGUUCCUCCGAUUUGCUGAAACUCACCGCACAGUACUCAACCAAAUCCUACGUCAGUCCACAACUCAUUUGGCUGAUGGGCCUUUUGCAGUGUUGGUUGACUACAUACGCAUCCUGGACUUUGAUGUGAAGAGGAAGUAUUUCCGUCAGGAGCUGGAGCGCCUGGAUGAAGGUCUGAGGAAGGAGGACAUGGCUGUGCAUGUGAGAAGGGAUCAUGUGUUUGAGGACUCUUACAGGGAACUGCACCGCAAGAGCCCAGAGGACAUGAAGAACAGGCUGUACAUUGUUUUUGAAGGAGAAGAGGGCCAAGAUGCUGGUGGCCUGCUGAGGGAGUGGUACAUGAUCAUCUCCCGUGAGAUGUUCAAUCCCAUGUACGCCCUGUUCCGCACAUCACCUGGAGAUCGCGUUACCUACACCAUCAAUCCCUCGUCCCACUGCAACCCAAACCACCUCAGUUACUUCAAAUUUGUGGGUCGUGUGGUGGCCAAAGCGGUUUACGAUAACCGGUUAUUGGAGUGCUACUUCACUCGCAGCUUUUACAAGCACAUCCUGGGCAAGAGUGUCAGAUACACUGACAUGGAGAGUGAGGACUACCCCUUCUUCCAGGGUUUGGUGUACUUGUUGGAGAACGACGUGUCCACCUUGGGCUAUGAGCUUACAUUCAGCACAGAGGUUCAGGAAUUUGGUGUAUGUGAAGUGAGAGACCUCAAGCCAAAUGGUGCAAACAUUCUGGUCACAGAAGAAAACAAAAAAGAAUAUGUGCACCUGGUCUGCCAGAUGAAGAUGACCGGUGCAAUCCGCAAACAGCUUGCUGCUUUCCUUGAGGGCUUCUACGAGAUCAUCCCCAAGAGACUGAUCUCCAUCUUCACUGAGCAGGAGCUGGAGCUGCUCAUUUCUGGCCUGCCCACAAUUGAUAUUGAUGACCUCAAGGCUAACACAGAGUACCACAAGUACCAGUCUAGCUCCAUCCAGAUUCAGUGGUUCUGGAGGGCCUUGCGUUCCUUCGACCAGGCGGAUCGAGCUAAGUUCUUACAGUUUGUCACCGGCACGUCGAAAGUGCCCCUCCAGGGUUUUGCUGCUCUAGAGGGCAUGAACGGCAUUCAGAAGUUCCAAAUCCACCGUGACGAUCGCUCCACUGAUCGCCUGCCCUCUGCUCAUACCUGUUUUAACCAGCUGGACCUCCCUGCCUACGAGAGCUACGAGAAGUUGAGACACAUGCUGCUGUUGGCCAUCCAGGAGUGCUCGGAAGGAUUCGGUCUGGCUUAAUGACUCUUUAAGAAACACAAACACAUGAAAACGUGCAUUAGAUCUGACUAUUCUUCAAACAGUUACAUACACACCUUCCAUAGACAUGACUGGAUUACUUUGGCCUAGACUUACUGGUUUCUAGUCCACACAGAACCGAUCAAACCAUAAAAGGUGACACAGACACUUUCCAAUUGAACCAAUUGGACUAAUAUAAGAGACAUUUGCUUCAUCUAGUUUGAUUUUUCUCUGUACAAAAGGUUUGGGAGUUUAUUGUUUAAUCUUUUUUGUUCUCUGCCUGUGUAAAAAGAAAAAAAGAAUGUUGUUUGAACAGGAUGGUUAUAAAACCUUUUGGGGAAAAA